UUCACAGAGCUAGAGGAGAAGCCGCGAUGCAGAAGGCCAUACGGUUCAGCGAGGGGCAGCUGCUGUCCCUCUCGGCGUGUGCCCGCGCGGACGCCACCCUGGCCGGCUUCCUGUACAAGCGCAGCUCCGACACCGGCAAGUGGCAGCAGAGAUGGUUCGCGCUCUACCAGAAUUUCCUCUUCUACUUCGAGAACGACACGGCCAUGCGCCCCUCCGGGCUGGCGCUCAUCGAGGGCUGCCAGUGCGAGAGGGUCAUCAGCACCAAGGGGAAGGACAACGAGAAACAGCAUCUGUUCUCCAUCAGCUACAAGCAGGAGGGGCAGCGGCAGUACUACCUGCGGGCCGAGACGGAGCCGGAUCGGGAGUCAUGGGUCAUGGCCAUCAACAGGGCAAGUUACCAGGUGCUGUCCCAGCAGCGGGAGGAGUUGGAGCAGAAGUACCUGCACCUGCUGCAGAUCGUGGAGAGCGAGAAGACGGCGAAGUGGCAGCUCAUGCAGCAGUGUGAAGAGCAGAGUCUGGAGAUCAGGCGGUUCAAACGGGAGCUGAUCGCCCUCCGGAAGGAGCAGCAGUCGGCGGAAGGCAGCACCGAGGAGGAGAGCGACGACAUCAAGAAGAUUAAAAAGGAGUCCGAUGAUCAGGGUCAGGGUUCAGGUCGGUUCACGCAGGAUGUGUGUAAGGUUCAGAGCUUUCUGAGAGGCUGGUUGUGUCGUCGGCGAUGGAAGUCCAUCGUGCAGGACUACAUCAGGUCUCCGCACGCAGAGAGCAUGCGCAAACGGAACCAGAUCGUCUUCACCAUGGUGGAAUGUGAGGAGGAAUACGUCACACAACUGUCCACGCUGGUCACGUGUUUCCUGCGCCCGCUGAAGAUGUCCGCCAGCUCGAAGAAACCGCCCAUUACCCAUGAAGACGUCAACUCCAUUUUCUUGAACAGCGAAACAAUCAUGUUCCUGCAUCAGAUCUUCUACCAAGGUCUGCGGGCUAGGAUGGAGAGUUGGCCCACGCUGGUGUUAGGGGAUUUGUUCGACAUGUUACUCCCGAUGCUCAGCAUCUACCAGGAGUACGUGCGCAACCACCACUACAGUCUACAGGUGCUGGCCGAGUGUAAACACCAGAGUAACGUGUUUAACAACCUGCUGAAGCAGUACGAGGCAAAGCCGAUCUGCGAGGGCCGGACGCUGGAGACCUUCCUCACCUAUCCUAUGCACCAGAUCCCCCGGUACAUCAUCACGCUGAACGAGCUGCUGGCGCACACGCCGCACGACCACGUGGAGAGGAAGAGCCUGGAGUUCGCGCAGACCAAGCUGGAGGAGCUGUCACGGGUGAUGCAGGACGAAGUGAGCGAGACGGAGAACAUCCGGAAGUCCCUGUCCAUAGAGCGCAUGAUCAAUUAA